GGAGAACUUGGAGAGAUGUCCAAACCUUCACGUCUGGUCAAACCUUCCAAGCAGUCCCGAAAGGAACCUGCAGGGAAUCGCUCUCACAUGCUGGUAGUUGGAGAGAGAUUGAUGAGGGCUGGCAGUGAGGGCAACCUGGUGAGAUCCAAACCACCUCAGCACCAACAGACGUCACCUAAACUGGGUUCCAAUCCAGGUACAGAGCCAGCAAAAAGCAACCAGAGGCUGAUCUCCCACGAGGAGGCGGAGGGCCACGGCAGAAAGCAAAGCAGCGCAGAUGAGAUUGAUCGCUCAGACCCCUGGUCCCCGCGCACAACGCCAAGAAGACACACAGUAGGAGGGCCUCGCACCGCUGGGGACGUGAUUGUCAUGCAGUCCUACAGCAUCGACCACAAGAAAGAGGCUUUUCUCGAGCAUCUAAAACAGAAGUAUCCUAAUCAUGCCUCUAUCAUUAUGGGUCACCAGGAAAGACUCAGAGAACAGGUCAGGAGCUCUGUGCGCAGUGUGACUCCUUGGUGUGCUGUAGGGGAGUCAGGGGAGUAUCUCUCUUUGGCUUGCCUCGACUCUGCGGAGGCCAUGUCGGAGGGAGACGCCCCCUCCGCCUUCACCCGAGGCAGCCGCACCCGAGCAAGUCUGCCUGUGGUCAAGUCAACUAACCAGACCAAGGACAGGUCAUUAGGUGUACUCUACCUGCAGUAUGGAGAGGAAACCAAACAGAUCCGAAUGCCCAACGAGGUGACAAGUGCAGACACUAUCAAAGCUCUGUUUGUCAGUGCCUUCCCGCAACACCUCUCCAUGAAGAUACUGGAGUCACCCAGUGUGGCUAUAUACAUCAAGGAUGACAUGAGGAACAUGUACUAUGAGUUAAAUGAUGUCAGGAACAUCACACCACAAUCUUGCCUGAAGGUUUAUCACAAGGAUCCAGCUCAGGCCUUCAAUCACAACCCCAGAGCCAAUAAUGGAGAAAUCAGGAUCACAAGAGAGAGGCUUUACAGUAACAGACAGCAGCAUGGACCCCACAGCCCCGUGCAUACUCUUUCAGGACCUCACAGUCCUCUUCACUCAGUCCAGGGCUCCAUGUCUCCUCCUACACCUCGCUCUGUGCCCUCUUCCCCUUCCAGGAUUUCCUACAGCCAUUCUGCUUCCAUGCCUGGUGGUGCUACUUUACCCAGGGAGCGCCUGUCGAGCGUGCCCCCCAGUCGCUCCAACACACCCUGCCCUAGUGCCAUCCUAGAACGACGGGACGUUAAACCAGAUGAAGAUCUGAGCAAUAAGAGCGUUCCUGUGUUUGCUGACCCGUACGCUCAGGUCGAGGCCAGGCUUAGCCUCGCCUCUUCUCAAGGCAGCCAUACUGGAGACAUCCCAGACGGGGCGGCUAAUAUCCAGCACCGUUCCUCUGUCAAGUCUCCCGGCGCUUACCCAGACAGCCAGGACCAGCACACCCUCUACAGACAGAAAUCCCGCAAGUACAGCGAGAGUCAGUUGGGCUCCAAAACUCCGCCUGCUUCCCCCCACAGGGUCAAUGAGGUCAGAAUGAUUGACAUGCACCCAGGCCAGAACUCCCACAUGCAAUCACAAGGUGUAGCGAUGGAAAGGGCAUCAACUGUCAGAAGAUCUUUACGCAAGGACAGUAACGGAAACAUGGAGGUGACCAGGGUGAGAGGCAACAUGACUUCGCCGGUUUUUGCAGACUUGCCGCCUGGUCAUGGAGAGAGACCAUUUCAGGGUGUCUCAGCCGGAGAUCCUCAGAGUGUAAGAAUAAAGGCUAUGGAGCAACAGAUAGCCAGUCUGACAGGACUUGUUCAGCAUGCUCUUUUCAAGGGCCCGAAUACAAGUGCCAAAGAGACCACCAGUGAAAAAUCAUUGAGGACCUCUCCUGCUCAUAACAUAAAUGAUGGUGGUUUAGCAUCCUAUAAAGACCCAGAUGUGAAUAUAGACUCUCCUCCAGCACAGACUCAACCUCCUGUCAGAGAUCCUGCUGUAUGCUCACUCCUCUUCACCUUCAAAAGAAACGUCUCUGACCUCAGACUGCAGCUCUACCAGCUCAAACAGCUGCAGCUGCAAAACCAGGAAACCAUGAAGAUGAUGCUGCGACAAGCAGAACAGGAGAUAACUGGCAAGCUUUCAGACACUCCGCUGCGUCCAGAGGACCCUGUUCAAAGACAAAGAGUCCAGGUGGAGGAAGAAAGACACAAGUACCUGUGCAUGGAGGAGAACGUUCUCCUUCAGCUUGGAGAGCUGGAGAACUAUGUCGAGAAGCUCAAGAGAGAAUCCACCUCUGGCACGAGCCAUCAAGCAGUCACCCUGAAGGAUGUGGAGGAAGGGGCGGUCAAUCUGCGGAAAGUGGGAGAAGCUUUGGCCUCACUUAAAAGAGAGUUCCCGGCGCUGCAGAUGAAAAUGCGAGCGGUGUUGAGGGUGGAGGUGGAGGCUGUGCGUUUCCUGAAGGAGGAGCCACAUAAGAUGGACAGCAUGCUGAAGAGAGUCAAAGCCCUGACUGACACUCUCAGUGGACUGAGAAGAUAUGCUACUGAUAGCCAGAAUCAUGCAUCGGAAACAGUAAAGACGGUUACUGAUUAUUCAGUUGUCUAUGCUGAGGGCUGCAGAUCUCCCAAACCCAUGCAGGAUUCUCCCACUCCACAGCCAAGAUCACCCGCAAAAGUCAGCAGCUCAGAAUCCACACCCUCAUCCCCCUACACGGUGCACCGGGUUCGGAACACUCCCAUCAGCACACACCACACCAGCCCCCCGCUCACACCCUCCCACGGCCGGGACUCGCCCACUGUGGCGAUGGUCAUACCCAGGAGCAGAGAAAACAGUCCUGAUCUCAAAAAGAGAGCCGCUCCACAGGGCCAGGAAGCUCAGCUGUCAGCCACUGCUGUUAGAAGUGGAUCUUUCACAUCUUCACAGCUCAUGGAGGAGAUCGCCUUUAAUAUGAACACAAGCAUGUCUCAAGAGGUUUCAGAAAGAGCCGUGGAGGAAAAGCACACAAACAGCACGCUUCACUCUGCUGGAACUGAAAUGGAGAAAGAAAUGGAAAGAAUCCUUCAGCAGACCCAGGCCAGCCUUUUGAACUCCAUACCUGACCUGGAGUUGAGCGACCAGGCGGACAAAACCUCCCAACCACCCAGCAGCCUAGAUGAGAUGGAAUUUUCACUUCCUGUGUCUUCACUUCCUGAAGCUAGACCACAAGAUGGACCCAAAGCAGACAAACCAGUCCAGACCAGUUUAGAGAGACCACAGAAGGCAACCAUAGAAAAGCCCCACAGGGCUAGUGUUGACAGAGGAAAGCCGAACCCCGAGACCGCCAGCAAAUCGCCUCCUCCUCCCCCUCCACGCAGAUUCUACCCCUCCGGAACUAGGCUCACCACCGGUCGGUCAGGAGAGGUUAUCUACACCACCCGGAAAGAGUCAACUAGCGCUCAGGAGGCUGAGGAAGAAGCUCCACAGCCCAAACCCUUGCGUGUGCCCCCAGAGGUCAAGCCCAAGCCGUGCACCCCUCCCCCCGUCAACACCUCCACCUUACAAGAUGAAGAAGAUGAAGGAGAUAAGAUUAUGGCUGAGCUACAGGUGUUUCAGAAGUGCACCGUUAAAGAUUUACAGCCCAGAUAUAUUGUUGAUCUCACAACCCAUGAGCCCUCAGACAGUGAGAGGGAACCAAGGCUUACCCUCUCUCACCACACAAAGCAGAGCAGCACUCAUCAGUCAGAGGAAGGAAAACUAUCUGAAAUUACAGAAGAUAGUGUAACACCUGGCUCACCUAAGGUCAUAUUUUACAUCACCGGAACAACCACAAAGACGUCAAGUGAAAGUGGAGCAGCUGACCUGCAGGAGCCCACAGAAGCAACCUUCCCUUCAUCCAAGGUUGCAUCUGAGAACGCUUCUGACCUUUUCCACCAACCAAACCUGUUAACAUCAGAUGACGUGUCUAAAAUUUCAUUUAAAUCAGUCAAGGAGACCCAAAGCAAGCUGAGCGAUGCUCAGCAGGGGUCAUCCGGUCCUGUAAACUCGUUUGCUGUGGCUGUAAAAGAACGAUCACUCAUUAGUCCCAUAGAGAUGAAGACUGAAUCGGUUCUGAAGUCAUUAAAACAGGAAGUCCCAACAACCUCAAAGAAAAUCAAACCCGUUGAGAUGUCAGAGCAGCAGAUAGCAUAUACAUCUAAUGAGCAAGACACGGCAGUAAAACCUAGAACGACCACUGUCGAAGUUACACUUGUUUGCACAAGCUCUCACAAUGCUGAGCCUCAGGUUCACUCACCUGUCAGUCAACCAAGCAGUGCCACAUGGUCAUCACAGCAGAAUGACAUUGAGCAGCAAGUAAUAAUGAGAUCAUCCAAUAGUCAGGUCAGAUACACAGAGGACGCCAGUUUAAGUCCAGACCUCCCUGGAGAAGAAGCCCCACCUCCACCAAAUAACAUUGCCUUUAGGAUCACUAAAUCCAGAGUACAGGCUUUGUCCACAGGAGAAUACCAGCAGCUGGUAAACAGCAAAGGUGAGGACGUCCAAACUCUUAAAGUGGGCUCGGAACCGACCCUUUAUGCCCCAGAGGACUGCGGAUAUGAUAAGAAGCCGGUGAUUAUCAUUUUCGAUGAGCCCAUGGAUAUCCAACAGGCGUACAAACGCCUAUCCACCGUCUUUGAGUGUGAGGAAGAGCUGGAGAGAGUUCUGUCCGAGGAACGCAUUGACGAAGAGACCGAAGAAGAAGUGGAAAUGACCUCGAGGAGUCACGUUGAACAGAUAAUGGCCAGAAAUAAUAUCGUAGACAAGGUAAACAAUCAGAGAAGUAGCAGCGUCGGUAAUGCGUUGCCUUUACAGAGACAGAGUUCCUGCGAGAGCUCCUCUCCCGACGUCGAGGACGGAGACAAAACGGGAUCGCCUAAAGAUGCGAAAAAGAAAUUCAAGUUUAAGUUUCCCAAGAAGCAGCUCGCCGCCAUUGGUCAGGCCCUUCGCGCGGGGACCAAAACGGGGAAGAAGACUCUGCAGGUGGUCGUGUACGAGGACGAAGAGGAAGCGGAUGGAACCGUGAGCGAGCACAAAGAAGCCAAGAGGUUUGAGGUCAAAACCCACGCAGACCCUGAUUCGGCCACCCCCCGGACUGUAUCCCAAAGCUCCAGCGCCACACCCCAGACCGCCAGAGACAGGACAGAGGAAAUCCGUAAGACGACAUACCAAACGUUAGAUAGUCUCGAGCAAACUAUCAAACAGCUCGAAAACACCAUAAGUGACAUUGGACCCGUUGGACUGUCGACUGAAGUCUCCCACAGAGACUCAAAGCUUGAAAGAAUCCCAAGUCACACAGAAACCGAGGACGGCAGUCCCACAAAAAAACCACCACCUCUGAAACCAAAACCACACAAGUCAUCUCAUCAUAAGAGAUCGAAAGCACAGUCACGUUCCUCCACGAGCACGUCAGGCUCCUCCAGUUCCUCCAGCUCCAGCAGUAAACAGAACACCGGCGACUCACCUGCUUCGAGUAGGAUUUCAUCGCCUAAAUCUCGCCCGCAUCUUGGGAUCGCGGAAAAACCCGAAAAGCCCCAGAAGCUUCAGGAUCCCCAGAGGCAAUUCCGACAAGCUAACGGCAGUGCUAUGAAAGCUGAUGAACAUGCUUCCCUUGCUUUGCCUGCAUCUAAGAUCCCAGCCUGUGUUCCUAGCUCAAGGACCCAUGCUCUUAACUCAAAUGUGUUUAGGGCUACUAAUCAAACCUCUUCCUCUAAAUCCUUUAUCCCGUCUCUCAGUCUGAGCUGGCCCAGCUGUGGACCCGCCUUGACCUCAGAUGACUCUAUCCAAAGCCCCCGCCGCUCUAAAGAUCAAAACUUUGCGCUUUGUCCACACGCUCAAAAUGUCAAGUACUGCUCUUAUUGCUAUUCAUCCUCUAGCUCCUCUUCUUCCUCCGUAUCUCCAACUUCUUCCUCUUCCUCUCUUCUUUCCCCCACUGCCAUGCACCGAGGUGGCCGAACUGCACACACGGACGGCAGCAGCACGCCAGCAUCCUCAAGCGGAGACAUGGCACGAGCUUUCCAUUGCUCUCUUUAUUUCUUGUUUGCACUCAUGUUGGGGAUUUGAGAUGUUCUGUAAUGAGGACAGAGAUUUGUCUUGAUUUGAUGCUGUGUAUUUAGGGUGGUAUUACUGUCUACUUCUGAAAUCUUAAGAAUUCAACAAAAUAGAUCUACAGUCACUUAUGCUUCUGAAACACUUGUUCUUUAUUGAUACGAGGGAUCAUAAAUGACAGUGUUGGCUUUAUAUUUUACAGUGCAUUGGAAAUUGUUUAUUUACAUGAACUAUGUCAAACAUGCUAUUUUGGAGAAAGGAAAAUGGAUGAAUACAGACUAUUUUAGCCUAUUUUUGUUUUAAUUAGCCAUAUACAAUGGUGUUCAAAAGUGUGAUUACAUUAACAUUAAGUUUUAGAGUUUACAAUGGCGUAAAAUCAAGAUAUGUUUUGUAAUAUUCUGUAGAAUUACUAGGGAACCAGAUUUGAGACAUUGACGUUUGCUUGUGUUAGAGCGCUCUCAGAUAACAUUGACCAGAUUGUGCACAAACAGAAAAAUAAGUACAAAAUUAUUUCUCAAAUAGAAACUACAGUUCUCACAUUUUUGAAGCCCACUGUAUAUACAUCAUGCAGGUCAACAAGCCUGCGAUGAAUGAUUUAAUAGAAAGGGAUCUAACCGAAGUAGUGUUAAUUCCUCUUCAACUCCAGUGCAGUGCCAGUUUAAACUAACAUUAUGCAGCCUAUGACCUGUUUUAUUGGUUGUUUUGCCACAACGCCACAUGAACUUAUUGUUCAUUAAAGGCUCUACCUGAGUGGAUGACGUACAAUCAUUGUAGUAAUUCUGUCGCUAUGUGUUGUGCCAUUCUUACGCUCCUUUAAAAAGCUUGUCAAAUGCCAAAAAUAAAAAUUGUUUACUUAUGAAGUAUUGCUUAAAUAUUGGAUAUAAAAGGUGUUUAACUUUGUGCCAAACUUUACUCCUAUGCGUGCUUCCCAUACAUUUAUUCAGAGAAUAACGCAAAGGUAUAUUGCUGUAAAUAUGAUCUCUGAUUUUGUAUAACUUGUACAAAAAUUGUGUGAAACGAAAGCUUGCCAGAUGUUUAUGAAAUAAAGGGCUGCCAGUG